CGGGAAUGGAAAAAUGAAGGCAGCAAAAGAUACAUGUGCACUGGCCGGCCUGGCUGGUUGACUGUGUCACUUCGUGUUGGGAAAUAUAAGAAGAUUCAUAAGAACAUUGUGAUCAACUUAAUGGAUGUUUUGGAGGUGGACAGUGAAAGACAGAUUGUUCGUGUGGAACCUUUGGUGACCAUGGGCCAGUUGACUGCACACCUGAAUCCCAUGGGCUGGACUAUUCCUGUGGUACCAGAGCUUGAUGAUCUUACCGUAGGUGGCCUGAUCAUGGGAACUGGCAUUGAGUCUUCAUCCCAUAUAUAUGGACUUUUUCAACACACCUGUGUGGCCUAUGAACUUGUUCUUGCUGAUGGAAGCCUUGUGAGAUGUUCACCAACUGAAAAUUCAGACCUAUUUUAUGCAGUGCCUUGGUCUUGUGGUACUCUGGGUUUCCUGGUUGCAGCAGAAAUAAAAAUGAUUCCUGCCAAGAAAUAUGUCAAAAUCCAUUACGAGCCUGUGAGAGGACUGCAGAAGAUUUGUGAAAAGUUUACUGAAGAAUCUAAGAAAAAGGAGAAUAGCUUUGUGGAAGGACUUCUGUAUUCUUUGGAAGAAGCAGUCAUCAUGACAGGAGUCUUGACUGAUGAUGCUGAGCAAAGCAAGAUAAACAGAAUUGGCAACUACUACAAGCCGUGGUUCUUUAAGCAUGUGGAGAAGUAUUUGAAAGCUGACAGGACUGGAAUAGAAUACAUUCCCUCAAGGCAUUAUUACCAUAGACAUACACGCAGUAUCUUCUGGGAGCUCCAAGAUAUCAUUCCUUUCGGCAAUAACCCCAUUUUCCGUUACCUCUUUGGCUGGAUGGUUCCUCCAAAAAUCUCUCUGUUAAAACUCACGCAAGGAGAAGCUAUUCGAAAGCUGUACGAGCAACACCAUGUUGUACAGGACAUGUUGGUGCCAAUGAAGAGCCUUGAAAAAUCUAUCCAAACCUUCCAUGUUGACCUUAAUGUGUACCCGCUUUGGUUAUGUCCUUUCAUAUUGCCCAAUAACCCUGGUAUGGUCCACCCAAAAGGGGAUGAAGCGGAACUCUACGUGGAUAUAGGAGCUUAUGGAGAGCCCAAAAGGAAACAAUUUGAAGCCAGGGCUUCAAUGAGGCAAAUGGAAAAGUUUGUAAGAAGUGUGCAUGGUUUCCAGAUGCUGUAUGCAGAUUGCUAUAUGACCCGUGAGGAAUUCUGGGAUAUGUUUGAUGGUUCGUUGUACCACAAGCUGAGGGAGCAAAUGAAUUGCAAGGAUGCCUUUCCAGAAGUGUAUGACAAAAUCUGCAAAGCUGCAAGGCACUGAGCCUGGAUGAUCUAAUCAAGCAAUCAGGGAAAGAUGAAUUUACCUAUAGCUAGUCAGUAUAUCCUUCAAAAAAAAGCUUUAUUGCUCUCCAAAUAAGCUCAUUCUUGUUGAUGUUUAAAAGUAUGAAUUCCUGCUUUAUAAAUUUAUGUUUAGUAUUUCUUCAUAUGCUUUAAAACCAAUUUUCCAAAAUCAAAGUGAUUGUUUUUAAGAAAUCUUAAGUGCUUGCCUUUGUAUCUAAUGUAGUGACAUAGGCGAAUUCACCUAUUUCCAAGCAUAAGAAGAAUAAUUGGAAAGGAUGAAGAUGCUGGAGUUACACCAGCUGUGUACUAUAGCUAUAUUUAACAUCACUUUUGAAAACGGUAGGGAGGGCUCAGAAAUAGGUGCCAAAGCUGAA